UGGAGCCAGCCACGAGGAUUGGACCAAACCCAACAUCAUUACCAGAUCUCCUACCACUGUCCAGGGACAGAACCACAAAUCACUACCACAUCUUCACACAGCAUCACUCUCUGUGACCUGAAACCUGGUACUCAGUACUCUGUCACUGUCUGCACUGAGUUGGAAAAUGGAAAGAAAAGUCGACCUGUGUCAAUAACCCUCACCACAGUUCCCCCUGUUCCAGGCCAGCUGACUGUAAACUGGGUAGACACCACAUCAGCUGCUGUUAGCUGGAGCCAGCCACCAGGAUUGGACCAAAUCCAACAUCAUUACCAGAUCUCCUACCAGUGUCCAGGGACAGAACCACACAUCACUACCACAUCUUCACCCAGAAUCACUCUCUCUGACCUGCAAUGUAGUUCUCAGUACUCUGUCACUGUUUGCACUGUGCUGGAAAAUGGGGUGCAAAGUCAACUGGUGUCAACAACCUUGACCACAGAGGUCCCAGUACCAGGUGACCUGACUAUAAAGGAGCUGAAAUCUACCUCCUUCACUGUAACAUGGACCAAGGCUCGGGGAAUGGACAGAGUCCCACAACGCUUCCUCAUAUCCUACUGCAGCCCUGGAACAGAGCCCAAGGCAAUACAUACUGAAGACUGCCACAAACCAUUCUCUGACCUACGACCUGGCACUCAGUACACUGUCAGUGUCUCUGCUGUUCUGACCAAUGGGGAACAGAGUGAACCAGUCUCUACAACUAUCUGCACUAUAUCCUGUCUCGUGGAGCUGUUGUCAAAGACUGGACUAGAAGAUCAUUAUGAAAACAAGCUGACGUUAAGUACUGUCCUUGAGAUAAAUGCUACUACUACAUCAGAUGAACCACGUACCAAUAUGCAGUCACUUCCAGGGGCCUUCCUUAAGAAAUUAAUGAUGGCAAAUGUAAAUGCUAGGAGUGUCAAAUGUCUGACCACUGACCAGGAGGUUCCAUAUUAUGGUGUAGACAACCAGGGCACUGACUUUGAUAGCAGCAAUGUUAUCAACCCUCUAGACCUGAUUACAGCACUGUUUCUGUGCUCAGACAGUUUCCUGCAGCAGGAGAUGGUCCAGAAAAUGUCCAUGUGUCAGUUUGCUGUUCCUCUCCUGCUGCCAAACUGUGACAAAAAACAAAGCACGUUGAUGCUGUGGGCCCUGAGAGACAUAGUGAAAAAGUUCAGGUCGUCUUCACAAACAGCCACAAAGUCUUUUGUGGAGGACAGAAUUCUACUCUCUGAUAUUCCUAUGGUGUCCUUUGUUAGGUUAGGGGAGAUUAGAGUGUCCAAGUCUCAGAUCUUGAAUAAGUUGCUUAGUAACCCUCAACAGUACCAUGAUACAUUUGUUCAUCAUCAUAUGGAAUGUGGCGAUGUUCCUCGCAGAAUAUCAGAUGGUCUAGUUGAAAUCAGCUGGUACUGUCCAUGUGGGAACAGAAACAUAGACAUGUUCACUAAGCCUCUGGCUGUUGCCAAUCUCAGAGGAGACAUCAGGUCGCUUGAAACGCAGUUUUUAUUUCUGUGUCAAACAUCAGCAGCAGUGUUUAUUUUCAGUGAUGAUUUAGAGGCAGAUCUCAAGUUGUUGAAAACCCAAAAACCAAAGGCAGAGUUAUUUCUGGUUGUCAACUCUCAGAGAAAAACAUUCAGUGCAGACACAUUGAAAAAAAUCAUCACAAACUGCAGUAUCAAUGAAAGAAAUGUGAUUCUGAAGAAGAAGCUAAAUGAUGCAGAAUUUGUCAAAACCCUGCAGUCAUCUGUGAGUGACAUCUUAGAAAAAAGUCAAAACCGAUUGACAAUUGAAAAAAUGGCUGAUGUGGCUCAUCAGAUGGGGAUUCUGAUUGAUGAAGACUGUGAUGAGUGUCAGAGUGCCAGGAAGAUGGCAGAUGAAAUCACCGGGAACUUCAAAGACACAAUGAAAUUCAAAGACAAACAGCUACCCUUACAAGGGCAAAUCUGGAAAGAGCUUUCCCAGUUAGAAAAAGAGAGGUGUAGGCUGAGAAAAGCAGGGGAUCAAGACAUUGAACACUACAAGAGCUCUCUGAAUAAAAAGGAGGAAGAGUUGAGAAAGAAGCAACAUAAACGUGACAUGUCAGAUGCAAUGGCAAGCUUCAUUUUAGGAUUGUCAAGUUCAGGAGCUGAGCGAUCCUAUUUCCUCAAAUGGAUGCGGAUAAAUCUGGACAAUCUGUCACGGCAGAACCUGUCUGGUUUAAGGGACCGGUACAAAGAUCUUUGCCAAAAUUCUCCUGAGAAAAAAGACGACAUUAAAGAUUUGGAUAAGCAAUUAUCUGACUGUUCCUUAGGUCUUGAACACUUCCUGCGUGAGUUGGGCCAGUUAUAUGAAGCUGCCUGCUCCCUCCCUGAAAGUAGCCUACAAAGGAAACAGAUGGAGCAUCUACCUGGAUUGUGCGCUCAGAUGCUGUUGGAUGGUUUCCCCAUUGAGCUUGUGGAUGGAGAUGCAUCAAAUAUCCCUUUGAAAUGGAUAGCAGCGGUACUGACUCAGCUUCAUACUCUUGUCCAAUCCAACAGCAAGAUCCGGGUGGUCACAGUUUUAGGGGUCCAAAGCACUGGGAAGUCCACUCUCCUCAACACCAUGUUUGGGGUCCAGUUUGCUGUCAGCAGUGGAAGAUGCACCAGAGGGGCUUUCAUGCUACUGAUUAAAGUCAACAAAGAACUCAAGGAGGAACUGAAAUGUGACUUCAUCAUGAUCAUUGACACAGAGGGGUUGAAAUCACCAGAGCUUGCUCAACUUGAUGAUAGCCAUGAACAUGACAAUGAAUUGGCGACACUUGUAAUAGGACUCAGUGAUGUCACGAUUAUCAACAUUGCCAUGGAGAACUCCACAGAGAUGAAAGACAUUCUACAGAUUGUUGUUCAUGCUUUUAUCAGGAUGAAGGAAGUGGGGAAGAAGCCAGUAUGUCAUUUUGUGCACCAGAAUGUGUCAGACAUGUCUGCUCAUGACAACAACAUGAGGGACAGGAAGAAGUUGUUGGAACAGUUGGAUGAAAUGACCCUGGCAGCAGCCAGAAUGGAGAAGAAGGAGAAUAUCACCAAGUUCACGGAUGUGAUGGAGUAUGAUCCAGACACAAGCAGCUGCUACAUCCCAGGACUCUGGCAUGGGACUCCCCCUAUGGCUCCAGUCAAUGCAGGCUAUAGUGAGGCUGUGUAUGACUUCAAGAAGACCUUGAUGAAAGAUUUCAGAACCUGUCAGAGAAAUUAUGAUUUAACACAUUUCCUGAAGUGGACACAAAGCUUGUGGGAGUCUGUUAAAUUUGAGAAAUUCAUCUUUAGUUUCAGAAACAGCUUGGUUGCAGAUGCAUACUCCAGAUUAUGCUCGGAGUACAAUGGUUGGGAAUGGGCCUUCCAGAAAGAGAUGUAUAAAUGGAUGGUGGGUGCUGAAACUAAAAUGUCCAAUAUUGGCAUGACAGAUCAAUAUCCCCAGAAGUCCAUAAGAGAUGUGCUAAAAGACUUAAUGUUAGAAGCAUCUGAGAAGCUGACAUUGGGAGAAAAGGAAAUCCAAGACAAUCUAGUAAAAUACUUUGAAAAAGAAGAUGGCCAUGUCAAUCUUGUGGAAAAAUACAGGGAGGACUUUGUGUCCAGUGCCAAAACACUGAGACGAGAGACAGAAAACACUGUGAAGAACAAACUGCAAGGAGCUGUUGAAAUCAAAGAGGGAAUGACAGAACUGAACAACAUCAAGAGCUCUCAGGCAAGUACAAUUGAGAAAAAGGUACUAGAUUUGCUUCAGAUUUGUAGACAGAAAAAAUAUAAUCUAUCAGAUAAGGCACUCAGUAAAGAGUUUGAAAUCAUGUGGAGAAAAACUCUUUCUGAGAUACACUUCAAAGGACUUCCUAAGCGAGAUGUUGCCCAAGAUGCCUUUCUCAUGCUGCGUGCAAAUCUGUCAACAAGGAGCAGUCAUGUCAACAGUCUAUUGGUUGGAACCAGACUGUUGGAUUGUGGGAGAAAAGCCUUUGUUGUGGAAUCUGAGAGUUGGUGGCAGCAGUUUCAAAACAUAGCAAAGCACUGGGAUCCCGACCAUCACAGGAAACAACUACAAGACUUCUGUGAUGACAUCAUAACACAGUGUCAGGAGUUUAUAAAAGAAAAGGUUAAAGGAAAGUCUGAUUAUCAUGACACUUACAUCAAAGACCUGCUGAACAGGAUUGAUGAAACAUUGCAACGCCACAAGAAUGUUAAAGUCAGUGAGGAAUGUGAAGUUUCUCUGAAGCUACACAUCUGUGGCAGAGCAGCCAGAGAGUUUCAGAAGAUGCAUGAUGAUUUCAUUGAAGUCAAUGACCCAAAGAAGUGUCUGGAAAAGUCUAAGAACAAGUACCUUACUGAGUUCAGAGACUUGUUUCAUAACCGAGACCAGUGCCAAAAGAAAGCUGAGGACUUCACAAAGCUCUGUUUGCAGCCAGCUGUACAGGACUAUGUGACCAAAAUGAUUGGUCCUGAUGUGGUUGAUGAAGUGAAGAUUGGUAAAGGAUCAGAGGAUUACAGCACAAGAGGGGCUUUCCAGUUCGCCAUUUUGAAACAACUCCUGACAGAUGGAAAAUAUGACAAAUAUAAAGAGUACAUUAGUCAUUAUGAAAGGUUUGUGAAGGACUGGCUGUUUGACCAGAUUGUCCAACAACAGUCAAAGGACCGCGGUCUGGAGAAAUUGGAGAAGAAACAUCUUUCAGAGAUGGUCAAGAUGAUCACUGACACAAUCUCUAACAUCAGAGAAACAACUGGCAUAAACAAUGUAAAUGAUGUCAAGACAUUCAUUCAAAACAUCUGCAGUGCCCUUGAAGAGAAGCUGGUCCUCAAGGAUGCUCUGGAUUCCAUCUUGAUUCUGAACACUGCAGAUACAGAACAGUUUGCUGUCUACCUCACAGAGUUUGUGAGAGAAUUGGAGCAGUCACUGGCAGCUGAGUACAAAAAGAGAGGUAACAUCAAAGAGAGACUCAGAUCUCUUCCAUUCAAGCCUCAGGACGAGAUGUUCACCAGUCUGUUUGGCUGUGGGAAGCAAUGUCCCUUCUGUGGUGUACCUUGUGAAGCAGGGGGGAUAGAGCACAACAAACACCAUUCCUCCAUUCACCGUUCACAAGGUAUCUGUGGUUAUCGGGAUAAUUAUUCACAGAAAUUAGUAAUUGAGAUAUGUUCAUCUCUUGUGGUUAGUGACAGAGCAUUCUCCAACGCCGAGACUGGAGGAACAUUUCACCCCUACAAGGACUACCAGACAUAUUACCCUGACUGGACCCUAACUGGUGAUGCCAGCGUGGAGGCGUCAGACUACUGGAAGUAUGUGAUGGCCACAUUCCAUGAGAGAAUCGCUAAAGAAGUAAAUGCACUUCCUGCUGAUAUCCCAGGGGACUGGAAGGCGUUAACACCUGAUGAUGCAAUGAGAAGCUUAAAAAUGUCAUUCAACAUGAAAUGAAGUACUAUAUAAUGACUUGUUGACCAAAAACAUGAUUGACUUUUCAUAGACUUAACAACCAGGAAUUACAUAUCACAG